UCUACACUGAGUUGGGCAGUUGUCACGGGCUGCAGAUGAUGUUUGGCAGGUGCUGUUGCAUCCAGCCAGAGGAUGGCCAUGAGCAGGUGUUCCACACAGCAACGCCCAUGGAGUUUCCUCCUGCUGGUGAGCGAAAGGCACUGCAGGUGCCGCCAGACUUCAGCAUCCGCAGCGUGGACUCCACAGCCUCUCCAGGUGCUGGAUACAUAAGUCUGAGCGAGGAGCAAAAGGCCAGAGAAAUGACAAAGCUACAACAUAUGAUCCGGGACUUCGUCAUGGAGUUCUUGCAGGGCGUUUUUCUGGAUGCAGUGCUUGAGGAUGGCUCUGUGGUUCCUUGCAGAUGCGUCAUGGACAGCAAGCUCUCUGUCCUUAUGUUGCAGGUACAUUCCACAACACGGACGGUGGACUUGACAAGUAUUCAGGAGAUAUGCUCUGGCAAAGAACUGAAGGAUCUGCAGGUCACCACUCCCUUGGAUGACCACUGCGUCACCUUGGUCAUGGCAGAUGAUCGAUGUGUCUCCUUCAGGUUUCCAGACAGACAGGGCCGAGAGCACUUUGCCACCUGUAUGAAGGUAUUGCGAUUGGCUCUAGACUGAGCUUGCUAUGAAUUCGCAGCUGCAUUGAUUCAAAGUUGGGUCAUUGCAGGUAGCAUUCUGACAUCUACAGAGCUGAAACUACGGAACCGUUUUUGCGUCUAUUGUUUGGUUUGUUGGUGGUUACUGCUUGUUUUGCCAACAAGCAGAGACUUUCUUACAGCAAUUGAAGACUGGGUGCUUGAAGGCAGUCAAGGUUCGGUCGCAUACAGCAAGUUCGCC